AUAAGAGAGCACGUGACCGCGUGCCAUUGCGGGGAUUGCCACGUUCAACUUCCAAACGGUGGCCAGUGGCGGUGCCUCUCUCUCCUCUAUCUCUCUAAAAAAAUUUCCUAUAAUACAAACUCCCUCUCUCCUAAAUCUCAAAAGACUAAAAUUUCUAUCCAAAAAAAAAUAAAAACCCCACCAAACCAACAAUAUGCAAGUCUCUGCAUCUCUCAUAAUACCACCGCCACCACCACCCUCCUUCCACCGCCCCUCCACCGCCGUCUUCCCCAAGUUCAGGCCAACACCACCCAUUUCCUCACCAUGGCUCCGCCAUCGAGCUGGGGCGGUAGAGCCAAGAUGUGUUAGUCAAGGUGGGUGGGGGGGCUCUGUGGCGGAGCUGGACAUAGAGGAGUGGCUGAAGUCAGGGAAGCUGGAGGAGAAGUGCGGCGGCGGAGGAAAAGGAGUAGUGGAGCUACUUGAAUGUUUGGAAAAAGAAGCCAUUAUGGGGGAAGAUGAAGGUAAAGACCCUACAGAUUAUAAUAGAAGGGCUAAGAUUUUCAGUACCAGUUCUAAAGUGUUUCAAGCUCUCAAACAACAUUCUGAUGCUGCUGCUCCUCCUCCUCCUCCUCCGCCUCACCAUUCUUGAAUUCACUAGAUAAAUCUGAAGAAACAGAGAGGGAAAAGAGAAGAAGAAGGGUGAACAUGUUCAUAUCAUAUCAAAUCUUUAUUCAGAGUUUCCAACUUAUUUGAUAUUAGAGUUCUUCAGACAGUGGAUUAUUUUACACUUGCUAUCUUAUUCAUUAUUUUGCACCUCGCUUUCUACUUUCUCCUCCACCUCCCAAACCUUCUUCUUCAACCAGUCAAAUGGCUGCCAUGUUUUCCAGUUUCAAGAAGAGAAGAAAAGUAGUUAUGAUCUUUUCACAAAUAGCAUUAGAUGAACAAAACAGAAACAUGGUGGUAGAUGAAAGGAGUUAGUGAAGUUUAAGACCAAUACCUGUAUAAGCCAAAGAGCAGUGGCUGUGCCUGCAACACUCCAUAACACAGCAGCUUCAAUGUUGAUGGGAUGUAGGAGAUUCCGGAGCUUUGGACUGAAGAACUUCAACAAACCCUUUUCACCUGUCAACAUUUUUUUUUUUUUUUGAUUGUUUCUGUGUCUUAGCUCAGGAGGAGCCAUAGUUGUACCGAAUUUAGUGAAAUAAAUCUUUGUUUGUUUUCGUCA